AACAGACACGUAAUCAUCAGCAGUUGAUUAAACGUUUUUCUUCCAAUCCCAUUUUCUAGCACAAGCGACCGGCCUUUCUCCGAUCAUUCCCCUGUGGCGCAUUCGCUUCCUGGUCGCGGCAGAAAUCGUUCGGUUGGCAUCGCGUUCCACUUUGGUUGAAGGAGAGCGAUGAGUCAGGUAUUCGAAGGAUAUGAACGUCAAUACUGUGAGCUUUCCGCUAAUUUAUCGCGGAAAUGCACCUCCGGAAGUGUCCUCAUUGGAGAGCAGAAGAAGCAGAAAGUUGCUGAAAUUAAAACUGGAUUGGAUGAUGCUGAUGCCUUGAUUCGGAAAAUGGACUUGGAAGCAAGGAGCUUGCCACCAAAUAUAAAGGGAUCCCUUCUUGCUAAGAUACGAGAGUACAAAACUGAUCUAAUCAAUUUGAAGAAUGAAGUUAAGAGGAUUUCAUCUUCUAAUGUCAGUCAGGCUGCCAGAGAUGAAUUGAUGGAAUCUGGAAUUGCCGAUACAAAGAUGGCCCAAUGAGUGUUGAAAAUGGGAGUGAUGCCAGUAUCAUAAGAACUUCUCUGUAAUGCUGGGAGGAAUUGUGCAUUUUGAAAAGGGCUUACACUUGCAUAGCGUUGUAAUGUAGUUGCAAUUAGCAAUAACCAAUAGGGAAAGCUAUGUGGUGCUGAUUUGAGCUAUCUUUAUGUUAACAUUUAUUUGUAGUAAAACAUUUCUGAGGAUGAAACAGGUUUCAACAGACCAACGAGGAAGGCUAUUGAUGUCGACAGAGAGACUUAAUCAAUCCAGUGACAAAAUUAAGGACAGCAGAAGAACAAUGCUGGAAACAGAAGAGCUUGGAGUAUCCAUCCUUCAAGAUCUGCAUCAGCAACGUCAAGCUCUCCUGCAUGCCCAUGGCACGCUGCAAGGGGUAGAUGACAACAUUGGGAGGAGUAAGAAGGUAUUGACGGCAAUGUCAAGAAGGAUGAACAGGAACAAGUGGAUGGUUGGUUGCAUCAUUGCAGCUUUGGUUCUGGCCAUCUUAGUGAUCCUCUAUUUCAAGCUAUUGCGGUAGCCAAGACGAGCGAAUCCAGUUUGUUGUAGUGACAGCCAGCCCCCCUCUGAUUUUCAGCUUCUUCCAAUUGGUGAUAUGUAGUGCAACCCUUGUAUUGCAAAACCGCUUGUGGUUGCUGCGCUGCAUAUAUUGUUCCAACUCUGUCGUUUCAGUUCUCCUCCCAAGGCCUUCCCUUGGCAUCUUGUCGGCCUGUCAUUUGGUUCCCUUCUUUCUCCUUAUCUUUUGCUUGCUUGCCCGGAAGUGGUGUAUGGUGUGAAAAACUGUUGGUUUUGCUAAUACGUCUGUAUGACUGAUCAGAGGAGCCAUAAUUCUCUUUUGCACGUGCACCGAAAUAUUCUUGAGAUUGUCUUCUCGUUUAUUUAAGGCAAAUGAGAACAGGUACCCAUUAAGACCUCCGGGCAUGUCCCUUGGGUUUCCUCGAAAUUGUGUCGGUCACAUAUUCAGCAAGAAAAGAUUGAUUCAUUAAGUGAUGUAGGUUUGUUUUUAUUGUUCAUCGUAAUUUCAAAGAUUUAAUUUUGGGAUCUUGAAGAUCAAUAAUAUUACCGCUAAAUGAAGUUCUUA